AUGGCGCCGCAGCUCCUGGGCUACUACUCGGUCUCCUCCUGGCCCCGGCUCCCGCAGGUUCCCCCGUGGCCCUGCGCAUCCCACGUCCAGCGCCGGGUGAUAUGCUUUGGGCCGCCCCGCUGCCGCGCCGGCGCAGUCAGGGUGUUAGCGGAGGUGGACCCUGCGCUGGCCCUGGGCCGCGGUGCGAAGGCGGUGGAAAUCCAGUUUCCGACUGAGGAGGAUGGUGUGGGGAAUGAGGAAGACGGCGAGGGAGUGGACGAGAGGGAGAGGAUGAGGCGGAUGCGGAUAUCGCAGGCGAACAAGGGGAAUACGCCGUGGAACAAGGGCAGGAAGCACAGCCCAGAGACGCUCCAGCGGAUUCGGGAGAGGACACGGCUUGCUAUGCAGAACCCCAAGGUUAAGAAAAAGCUGAUGAAUCUCGGACAUGCUCAGAGUGAAGAGACCAAAAUUAAGAUAUCAUUGGGAGUGAGGCGUGGGUGGAGCUUGCGUCUACAGAAGCUAAUGGUUCAGGAUGGCUGCUUUGUGGAGUGGCGGGAAAUGAUAGCAGAUGCAGCUAGGAAGGGCUUUGCUGGUGGAGUUGCCUUCCAAUGGAAUUCACAUAAAAUAUUGACUGAGCAAUUGCGGCAGGAAUGGUUGGAGAAAGUCCAGCAAAGACGAUCAAUGCCUAGGCCGACAGGUAAUAGAAGAGCGCCAAAAACUCCAGAGCAGAGGAGAAAAAUUGCAGAAGCCAUUGCUGCGAAGUGGUUGGAUCGAGAAUACCGUGAACGUGUUUGCAGUGCAAUUAAUAGCUAUCAUGGAACAUCUUCUGGAUCUAAAGUACCGCGUAAACAAAGAACACCGAGAGAACCAGGUGCAAAGCGUGAAAAAAAGAAAUCUAUUCAACACAGAGCUGUCAGCUUGGACGAUGCACAUGCAAAAACUGCUCCGGUUAAGAGAAAGAAAAGUGCAACUCCUUACAAAGAUCCUAUGGCAGGUGAGAAACUAGAGAUGAUAACGAAGAUUCGAGCCCAAAGGACAGCACUGGAAAUAGAGAAGAAAGAGGCUAUUGAAAGGGCCAGGUCACUCAUUGUAGAAGCCGAGAAAGCUGCAAAUGCUCUUGAGCCUGUUGCAGCGAAAAUUCCAUUUGCCCAAGCAUCACUUAUAGAAGCUAGAAAGCUUGUUACAGAGGCAAGAAUGUCACUCGAAGGUGUUGAUGAUAAUGAUGGGCCAGCAGAAAGUUCUUCUGAUGAUACAUCCGAUGACUCGGGUGUAUCGGAACUGCACAAGUUGGAGAAUCAAAAUGACCUUAUUAAACAAGAGAAUAAAUUUGUAAAUGGAAUGAAGCUACCUCCAAGGACUGUUAAUGGCAUGGAUUUCUAUUUUGAUGUGUCUGCACUAGGUGAAAAGGAACAACUCAGUAUGUUUCAGAGGAUAGAGAACUCCAUGGAAAGAGCUUAUUUGCUUCCUUCAGCUUUUUCAACAGCUCAAGAUGUGAACGGAAAUCCUGGAACAAAUGAUCUAUAUAUCAGUGAGCAAGUGGUCAAUAACGACCAGAUCGACCGGAUUGCAGCAGAUACAACAGAAUUUAUUUCAGCAGAGCCACUAGAGGAUGUGUCCUCACCUGCUAAUAAGUCUAAGAUGAGAUGGGUACGUGGAAGACUAGUUGAAGGAGAAGAAUAA